CCUAGCAGGAGGGGGGAAAGUGAGCAGCCACUUUGCAGGAUCCAGGGAAUCCCUGCAGGCUCUCCCCCUCCAGCUGUGGGGCCCUGAAGGAGCACAACCACCCCAGCAAGGGUGCCUCCUCUCCCCCCAGGCCCCGCCCAUUCCCUGGGUCGACCUGCAGGGAGGGCGUGAGGGGGCUGCUUCAAGCCGGGGAUGUCGCAAUGGAGGCAGCCUGCAGUUUGAGCCCCACUUUGCAGGGGUCUGGGUCUGGAUCAAGCCCCUUCCUUCCUCUCUGUGGAUUCUGGGAGGGAGGUCUCUUUUCUACACAAAUAUGUGCAUUCAAAGUGACCUUCAGGGUCCGGUGACCUUUGAGGAGGUGGCCAUGGAUUUCACGGAGGAGGAGUGUGCUCUUCUGGAUCCCGGCCAAAGAGCUCUGCACAGGGAAGUCACGGAUGAGAUAUAUGACAUGGUGGCCUCUCUAGCAGAUGAUGGGCAGAAGAAUGAGAAUUAUAGGGAACCACCGAUGGUGUCACUGGUAAGAUUGGCCAAGUGUGAACCACAAAAAGAGAUGUUUGGAAAUCACAGGGGACCCAAAACAUCUGGAAGAAACCAGUCAAAGAAUGGGAAGAAGAAAUCCUCUAUUUCUCAGACUUUGUGUCAAAGAACCCACACCGGGGAGAAGCCAUUUAAAUGCACAGAGUGUGGAAAAAGUUUUAGAGUGAGCAAUCAUCUUACUGUACAUCAACGAACACACACGGGGGAGAAACCAUUUAAAUGCACAGAUUGUGGACAGAGUUUUAGUGAGAGUGUUAACCUUACUUUACAUCGCAGAACACACACAGGGGAGAAGCUAUAUAAAUGCAUGGAGUGUGGGAAGAGCUUCUGUCGGAAUUACUCCCUUACUUCACAUCAACGAACCCACACAGGGGAGAAACCAUUUAAAUGCAGAGAGUGUGGAAGGAACUUCAGUGUGAAACGUAGCUUCACUCAACAUCAACAAACCCACACAGGGGAGAAACCAUUUAAAUGCAGGGAGUGUGGAAAGAGCUUCCGUCAGAGCAGUCACCUUACUUUACAUGAAAGAACACACACAGGGGAGAAACCAUAUAAAUGCAUGGAAUGUGGGAAGAACUUCAGUCGAAAGGAUUCCCUUACUUCACAUCAAAGAACCCAUGCAGGGGAGAAACCCUUUAAAUGCAUCGAGUGUGGAAAGAGCUUCAGUCGGAAUGAUUCCCUUACUUCACAUCAAAGAAUCCACAUGGAGGAGAAACUGUAUGAAUGCAUGGAGUGUGGGAAAUGCUUCAGUAACAGAAGUAACUUAACUUCACAUCAACGAGCACAUACAGGGAAGAAUAGAUUUGAAUGCAAGGACUGUGGAAAGAGCUUCAGUGCGAGCAGUAAACUUAAGGUGCAUCACAGAAUACACACAGGGGAAAAACCAUUUAAAUGUAUGGAAUGUGGAAAGAGUUUUAGAAUGAGCAGUCAUAUUACCGUACAUCUACGAACACACACGGGGGAGAAACCAUUUAAAUGUAUGGAAUGUGGAAAGAGUUUUAGUGAGAGCGGUAACCUUACUUUACAUCGCCGAACGCACACCGGGGAGAAACCAUUUAAAUGCAGUGAGUGUGGAAAGGGUUUUAUUCGCAAUGAGCUUUUAACUUUACAUCAAACAACCCACACAGGGGAGAAACCUUUUCAGUGCAUGGAGUGUGGAAAGAAAUUCAGUGCUAACGGUGCCCUCUCUAGACAUCAACGAACCCACACAGGGGAGAAACCAUAUAAAUGCAUGGAGUGUGGAAAGAACUUCAGUGCUAACGGUGCCCUCUCUAGACAUCAACGAACCCACACCGGGGAGAAACCUUUUCAGUGCAUGGAGUGUGGAAAGAACUUCAGUGCUAAUGGUGCCCUCUCUAGACAUCGACGAACCCACACCGGGGAGAAACCUUUUCAGUGCAUGGAGUGUGGAAAGAACUUCAGUGCUAACGGUGCCCUCUGUAGACAUCGACGAACCCAUACCGGGGAGAAACCUUUUCAGUGCAUGGAGUGUGGAAAGAACUUCAGUGCUAACAGUGCCCUCUCUAGACAUCAACGAACACACACAGGGGAAAAACCAUAUAAAUGCAUGGAGUGUGGAAAGAGCUUCAGUGACAGCAGUAAACUUAAUGCACAUCAUACAACACACACGAGGGAGAAACCAUUUAAAUGUGUGGUGUGUGGAAAGAGUUUCAGUAAGAAUCGUCACCUUGCUUUACAUGAAAGAAUGCAUGCAGGGGAGAAACUAAAUGAAUGGAAUGCGGAAUAAACUUCAGUGUGAGCCGUACUCUAUGUCUUUAAAGUAGAGGACUGGUGGAAUUGAGGUGGACCAAUGUAUUUAGCAAUGUUGAGUAUGUAGUUGCCAAGGCCAUACUGCCCUGAUCACACCUGAUCUCAUCUGAGGUCGGAAGCUAAGCAAGGUUAGGCCUGGUUAGUACUUGGAUGGGAGACUGCUUGCCAUAAGUCAUAAUCGACUUGAAGGCAUAUAACAACAGGAACAAAAAGUAUGUAGUUAAUUGUAAUCUUGCAGGCUCUCAAAGAUUAAAGCCCUACACGGCUUUGGGCCAGGGUACCUAGAAGAUCGUCUCACCUCUUACAUAUCCAACCAAUCACUGCAACUCCCUCCCAUUACAUAUCAGACAAGUGCUGUCUCUAUUUUCUUUGGGCAUCUACUGAAGACCUUUUUUUCCAAUCAAACUUUUAAAUGGAGAUCUUUAUCCCAGUUUGUAUUUGUACUGGAUUUUAAAAUACUUUAGUCGUUUUGAUGUAUGACAUGGUUUUUGGUGUUUUAGGGAAGCAAUUAAUAAAUGGAAAUUA